AUGAGCAAUGCAAAGGCAUUUGGAACUCCCAUGAGUCUAGCUACAUCUCUUGACAAAGAUGAGGAAGGAAAACCAGUGGAUGAAUCAAAAUAUUGUGGAAUGAUUGGAUCCCUACUUUAUUUAACUGCUAGUUGCCCUGAUUUAAUAUUUAAUGUGUGCAGAUGUGCCAGGUUUCAAGCAGCUCCCAAGGAGUCGCACUUAACAACAGUGAAGCAAAUUAUUAAAUAUCUCAUUGGGACUACGCCACAUGGUUUAUGGUAUCCACAUCUUAAAAUUUUUAAGCUUCAAGGUUUUUUAGAUGCAGAUCUUGCAGGAGAUAAAGAUGACAGGAAAAGCACAAGUGGAACUUGUCAACUACUUGGAAAAUCGCUUAUUUCCUUAGACACAAUUGUUAGCAUGGAUUAUGUUGCUAUGGAUUGUACAUGGAUAAAGAAGCAGGAAAUUGAAGCCAAAAUGAUUCCCUCCAGUUCCAAGGUAAAGGUUGAUACUUCUCAGGCUACUGUCAACAACCUUGAAUUGCUUGCAAAGAUAGAUGCACUUGAUGAAAAGCUGACUACCAUCAAAGAUCUGCUCCUGACCACUCAAUCCUUAGUUGGCAAUAUCUACGAAGUUGUCAAGGAAACAUGA